AUUGGAACCUUGGAUCUGGUCUCAUUUGAAUUGGAAGAUUGUGAACCACGUUUGUGACAUGAGCCCUGGUUUGAAUUGUUGAUGUUGUUUUGUUUUACAGAUAGCCAGUGAAAUAACCUUUGUAAGCAAACCUCAUUUUUCUUCUUUCAAUUUUGCUUCUCUUGAAAAUAGUGGGGGGGGAGGGAGGGAUUUAAAAAUAAAGAAAAACGACACGCAGUGUUCUUUUUGUUGGCUGACUUUGGCAUUAACUUUCUCAACAAAUGACUAACUGCAAAAGCUAACUUCCUGCACUUAGCUCUCAGAUCUUUCACUUUUACUACUGAUUUUCAAAAAAAAUGGCUGAUUGUUUGUGUCUUUCUUUCCCCUCCCUUUUCUUUCCUUCUGCAUUUGUAGGAAGAGAAAGAACAAUGUCUCUAACUUGUUCCCUAUCAGGAAUUUUCUAGUAUGUUUGGCAGCCAAGCUAACUGACUGUCUCUCGCCUAAGGAAGACUGCUCUCAAAAUGGAGAUCUCCUCUCACCAAGCCCGACUGCUUCAACAGUUAAAUGAACAGCGCAAACAAGAAAUGUUUUGUGAUUGCAGCAUCAUUGUGGAGGGAAGAGUCUUCAAGGGUCAUCGUAAUGUUUUAUUUGCCAGCUGUGGCUACUUUCGGAUGCUUCUCUUACAUAAUGCACAGGAUGUGGGACAGCCUACGGUAGCGACUUUUGAUGUCUUUUCUGCUGAUGCAUUUACACUUAUUUUAGACUUCAUAUAUUCUGGGAGGCUGUCCCUCACAAGCCAAAAUGUCAUUGAUGUGAUGUCAGCUGCCAGCUACUUGCAGAUGACUGACGUGAUCAGUGCCUGCAAAAGCUUCAUCAAAUCAUCUCUGGACAUCAGUGAGAAAGAGAGAUAUUUCAACCAUUCCAGUAAUGGUGAAAAUAAGUGUGGGGAUGUGUCAUCUUUGUAUACCAGCAGCCGAGGUCUGGAGACUAACUCUGUUCACGUUCAAAAAAGUACCGAUCCAGGGUCUGUUGUUGGACACUCCUGGAGAAACUUCAACUUUCAUCAACAAGUUGCAAACCUCCAGCAUUCUCCAAGAGACCAUCUGCCAAACUCUUUAGUGAAUAAUCGAGCACACCAGGAAGUACCUGAACUUCCUGUUUUCAAAGUUAGUAAUCUGUGUGGUUCUGGUGUGACUGCCAGAACAUCUGAAAAUAUAAACACUGUUUCUCAAGCUGAGGAAAAAAGAACACCAGAUUCCGAAUUGAGUGCCCCUCAUGUGAGUUAUCAGUUCAGGCAUGAGCCUGAUGUUUUGCCCAGGGACUGGCCAUUGCCACGACGAAACGGUGACUCAGUAAGGCAACCUUCACGAGGUAGAGGUCGAAAAGCUGAAGAUUGGUAUCCUCCAAUGCCUACAAUUUUGGAAGUUGUGGGGGACUGGAGUGGAGAAGGUGCAGGAGACUGCAGUAUGUUACCAAAGAUGAGAUUCAAGUGUCCAUUCUGUACGCAUACAGUAAAGAGGAAAUCUGACUUGAAGCGGCAUCUUCGAUCACAUACAGGGGAGCGACCAUAUCCCUGUGACUCCUGUGGGAAGAGAUUCACACGGCUUGAGCAUCUUCGUAGUCAUGUCCUAACUAUCCACAAAUCCGGAAAGCUGGUUAUCUGCAAGGUCUGCAGGAAGCCAUUCACCGGCAUUGCAGCUAAAAUUGUGCAACAUGAUGGCAAGUGCUAUGGACUGUGCAAUAAUUGUGCAUGUCUGAUGAACUCCGGUCACGAUGAUGAGCCUAUUGACCUGGAAGCACAGCCAGACCAGGAUCUGGAAUUUCAGGAAAGUGACAAAGAAUCUGGCUGGAUGUCCACAGAGCCAGAUGGAGAGACUGAGAUCCUGAGCUCAGGGGGCGAGGGUUCAGGAAACAACGAAGUUCAUGCAGUACAAGAAAUCCUGGAUGAUGCAGAUGAAAAGGUCCAAAUUUAUGAGAAAAUUAAGAAUAGUGACUGAAUAAACAAAUAUACAGAUUUUUCUUUAACAGAAAGUAAACAUAUAAUAGUUAUUGAGGUUCCUGAGCCAGAUUCCAACAAUAUCUACAUUUCUUUGCCUAACAGAGGGUUAAAGGCCGCAGAUAUAUAUUUGUUUCUCAUUCCUGUUAAAUGGGGUGAGGGGUGAAUUCUUCAACAAAAUAUCUAACUAUUGUUUUAAAAAUUAAAUUGUUUUAAUGUUACGUGAAGAGUGGUAAAAGGAAGUGAAUCUUCCGGAUGUGAUUAGAAUAGAUCUUCCUCUGGAUUUCUUUUGUGCUCAAAAGUAAAAAUAAAAUACAGCUAUCAGAGAGCCAAUUCUCAUGGCAAACUGUCCUAUCUAAUGUUGUACAUAGGUAUGAGAGGUUCAACAGCAACAUUUUGUACUCAAAAGUGGUCCUGGAAUUGUAUUUUUAUUCAUGGGAAAUGUGAUGUCGCUGACAAGGCCACCAUUUACUGUUCUUGUGUUAUGUUCAAAGCAAGUGUGAACAAAUACAAAACCUAUGUCUUGGCUUGUUUUAGAAAAGUAAGCAUUUGUGGAAAUGGAAAGGUACAUGUUACCGUCACUUUAAUUCCAGUGAGUGUAGUGGUGCUGCUGGCAGCCCCAAUUAUUUAUCCAUUGAACUCUUGAUCUAAUUACUUUUUCAGACUUCAGAUAGAAACUCUCAAUGGCAGGAAUUAGAACAAACCUCAUUUAAUGAUGUUGCCAAAUCAAUUUUUUUUCAACAUACUUCCUCUAAAGGUUCACUUUGUUUGAAAUCAUACAAUUUACUUUUUGGUCAUGUGAAAUGUAGAGAAUAAAUAUCCCAUGUCAUUAUCUACUUUGCUUCUUAGUUUGUUAAAGCAAAUGUUGCUCAUUCUCUUCAGUUUUAGUUAGAACAUCUUUGUCACUCUCAUGUUAUGAUGUAUUGGGGUAUACAAAAUAUCCUUGGUGUUUGGACUCCUUGGACUUCAGAAAUAUAGAAUCACAUGCAGAACAAUAACUUGUGUUUAAUACAGCAUCUAUAAUAAGGUAAAACUAUUUGCCUUAGUAAACGGUAACUCAUCGUACAGAGACUGUCAUUAUUAUCCUUCAUUACUUUUCAUGGCCUGGUGUUAUUAGAUCUGAAUGUAAAAUAUUGCUGGAAAUGGUCUCUCUGGUUAUAUGCCUAAGCUUUAAAUUAAAGUGUCCAUUCAGGUGACUCUCUGAGCACCACUAUACAAAAAAAAGGGAAGGUACAUGUUACUCACUGGUCCACAGGUAGGUAUUUUGGGAUAUAUAGGAGAAAGUGAGAACUGCAGAUGCUGAAGAUCAGAGUCGAGAGUGUGGUGCUGGAAAA